UCACUGUUUUUUGGUGUUUGAAAAUAGGCCCAGCAGAUUCCUGGGUUAUUUGUGGGUUCUCACAGAAACUCAUGUGUUAUCCGUGAGUUAUUUUGUGGGUUAUUUGUGGGUUAACCCAGGAACCCACGUUUCAAAAGGUGGGUUACUUCAUGGGAAAAAUAACCCACAAAAUCAUGCCCCCGAUUGUUGGAUUUCAAAGGAGGGAUGCGCGGAUGUGGGUUCCGGAGGGCCCUGCAGGCCCUGUAGUAGUAGCCAUCAGGAUGGCAAAGAAAACUCGAAUGAUGCGAAGCAACUCGAUUCAGUAUUUCGUAAGAGUACCAGUCGUCCCCUGGUAGUACUACUCGUACCCGUGCCACCCGUACUACUUGUUAAACGGUGCAACAUCUUUUUGAAUACUAAUGUAGGGUACAAGACGAUACUUCUUGUCUUCGACACUUCGCGCAAAUCUGCGUUCACCACAACGUGCAUGCAAGGAUGGAGACAUCCACUCUCGUUUACUCCUGGAUAGCAAGAGGUAUUUACAACCUUGACUCCCAAAGAUUUCAGAAAGCGAGCCUUGACACGAGAACCGAAGGAUGGACGGAGACAUGGGGAAAUCACGGCGAAGGAAAAUCGAGCGAAGAAUCGAGGAGCGAAGCAGACGGAAUACCCGAUGGAGAGACAACCAACGAGAUCGACAAGCAAUCUAUUUCUCUCCAACUAGCCACCCCCUACCCGCAGCUAGAAAUCAUGUUGACACAACACCGGCCGGCUUGGUUCGAACAAAUGUUGCUCCGAGUUGCUGAUAUUCCACACAUCGUUCGCAACUCGAAUCACAUUUCGAACGAGGCCACGGGACAACUGCCGUAUCUAACGGACUGCACACCAUCCAAGCUCCCCGUAUUGGUAGGGCGUCAUCAGCCUUCGAAUCUAAAGAGAAGUAGCAAUAUAUGCAAUAAUUCAAUUUUGGCAUAUUUGCAAGAUUGUCGAAAUGUGAACCUGGACAAGCAAGCUGGUUUAGCCACAGACCAAGAACAAGCACUGUCGAAGUCGUUCCAGUUUAUGAUACAGUCGGAACUUUCGAAAAUAUUGUUGCAUGCGAGGUUUGAAGAUGGAGAUGCGUGGGAGCAAGUGUAUCGAGAUCAAUACAUCGGGGCCUCGACUGUCCAAUGCAACGAAGGGCGUGGACCGAGUUCUUUGGGCAAAAGAAAUUGGCUUUUAAAGCUCCACGGAAGGUUCCAAGCUUCAAUGGAACGUGCCACAGAACGAAGGAGACUACCGGGAUGCGGUUGUAGGGGACAGAGCAUCUCAAUUGAUCAACUCCUUGAGCGAGCCAAUGAGGCAUAUUUCGCCAUUGAUCGUCAACUUCUCUCAGCGGCCAUGAAACAAAAUAAGACAGACUCUAAGAGAAAGUAUUUACUUGGAACCGAUGAACCAGCCCUUGUCGACGUAUUGCUAUGGGCCCAUUUAGCGGAAGCACUCUGCGACGUACAUUUGGUGGUACUGUUGGCUUCGUAUCCCCGCUUGGUCGAAUAUUUUGAGGAUUUCUACCGACGUUACUUUGGCCAAUGUGACGCCAAGGUGGACGAAGUAUGCUCUUGGAAAGAUUGGAACAAUGCACAAAAUCUAGAGAACGCUUUCCAGAAAAUCCCGACAUUGAGCAAACGGGACCCGCCCCAAAAUACUGCCUUUAAGAAUGCAGUUGACUUGAUGCAAAAGUCUUCGCUUCAAAAACAAGAUUUACAAGAAGUGCUCGAUGCAGCAAAGGAGAUACGGACAAAGGAAUGCAUUCCGGAGCCACGCGAACCUCCAUCGUACCUACUGUAUCGCUGGUGCAUGGGUGAAACAUCCACAGCAGAUCAACCAGUGACAGGCAAGGAAUCCGAAAACCCCAUCCGCAAGAAACUGCUAAGAGACCAAGCCCGUAACGACCAGAUGUGGAUCAGCGGAAUUCUUGGCAUUUCAGCUGUUGCUGUCCUUGUGAUUCAAGGCAGCGCAACGUAAUUAAUAUACAAUUGUUCAAUCA